AUACAAUAGUUGACAACAAUUACAUAAAAAGUUACCUAUAUUAUUAGUUUUAUCACUAUCAGAAGCUGCAUUCUCUGGCAUAUCGUAAUCUGGAGGCCAGUCCUCGUCUGACAGCGAAGACGAGGACUGGCUUCCAGAUUACGGUAUGCCAGAGAAUGCAGCUUCUGAUAGUGAUGAAACUGAUAAUAUAGGUAACUUUUUAUGUAAUUGUUGUCAACUAUUGUAUCAAAUAAAUUUUACAAUAACUUUCACUGAACUUCGUUGUAUUAAACUUGUAUUAAAAUUGUUGUGAUAAACAAUAGUAUUUCAUUUUUUUCGUAGUGGGUACCCGGGUACCCGGUUGUGACCGCGACGUAUGUUUACUUUAGAUUCGAUUAUUAUGACUCAAAGAAAUUUUUAAACAAUCUUCAAUACACUAUUUGCUUUGAAUUGAGUUAAAUAACGACGAUCCGGGGGUUUAUCGCGGAAUUUUGAUUCUUUAUCGAGUUACAUAAAAAAAGGACGAGGUGGGUACACGGGUACCCGGUUAUGCACACAAGGGUUAACCUCCAUACGACCAUUUUUCACUGAGAUACAGCCUGUCAAAAAUCACUAAAAAAUUUGGGAAAUUUUUUUGUUCCCUUAAUUUUUUCCAGUAGUGUAUAACAAAUAUAUAUGUAAAUUGUGAGAAAUAAAGGUUCCUUCGUUUUAACUUUAAAUAGACUAUAUCUCCGUGAAAUUAUCCGUCGCCGCCAUCUUACAUGCCUCAUCCGUGUCAAUAGACAUUUCAUUCCUCUCACCCUUUGUACUCCAACCCCGCAGUAUUGCGCUCUGUCCAGAUAUUUUUUACGUCCAUGGUUGCGAUAUUCUUCGAACAUUCUCAGCAUCUACAUGUGCUGUAUGGGGACGUAAAUAAUCUGUACGGGUGGGCAAUGUGUCAGCCGCUGCCUUACGCGAAUUUUCAAUGGGUCACUAACGUUGCUGAUUUUAAUGCAAACGCGAUCGCUCCGGAUGCACUCACGGGGUACAUUCUCGAGGUCGAUCUCGAGUAUCCACAGCAUCUUCACGACGCGCACGCUGAUCUACCGUUUUGUCCAACGCGUGAUAAGCCACCCGGCAAGCGGCAGAACAAACUUCUCGCGACAGUGUAUGAUAAGAAGCGUUACAUCAUACACUACCGUAAUCUGCAGCAGUGCACGCGUCACGGCUUGCGCGUCACAAAGAUACAUCGUAUAUUGGAGUUUUCACAAUCUCCAUGGCUUCACAAAUAUAUCGAGCUUAAUACUCAGUUUAGAACAUGCGUGACAAACGAUUUCGAAAAAAAUUUGUACAAAUUAAUGAACAACGCGGUAUUCGGUAAAACAAUGGAAAACGUGCGGAAUCACGUUGACGUUAAACUUAUAACUAAAUGGGACGGUCGCUACGGUGCCGAGGCGAUGAUCUCCAAACCGAAUUUUCAUAGUCGCAGCAUUUUUUCCGAAAACUUAAUUGCCGUGGAGUUGCGAAAACUCGAGGUAAAAUUCAACAAGCCGAUCUAUGUGGGUAUGUGCAUCCUCGACAUAUCCAAGAUCUGCUUGUAUGAAUUUCACCAUGAAUAUAUGCUACCCCUGUACAGAGGCAAGUGUAAAAUUAUGUACAUCGAUACGGACAGUCUCAUAUACCACGUCGAGUGCGAGGAUGUAUACGAGACUGUGAAACGCGAUAUACGCAGAUUCGACACGAGCGAUUAUCCAGAUGACAACGCGUACGGUAUACCGCAUGCAAAUAAGAAAGUCCCCAGUCUCAUGAAAGAUGAGAAUAAUGGGGCAAUUAUGACCGAAUUCGUCGGACUCAGGGCGAAAAUGUAUGCUUUGAGAGUAUACGGUAAAAGCGACGCGAAAAGGGCGAAGGGGGUUAAAAGCAACGUGGUAGCGCGAACAAUAACUUUUGAAGAUUACACGCGAUGCUUGAGAGACGAGAUCGAGAUGACUCGUCGCCAGUCGUGCAUACGAUCGAAGCUACAUCAAGUCUACACCGUAUCCGAGACCAAAAUCGCCCUGAGUUCGCACGAUGAUAAACGAUACAUCGUGCCUGACUCAACCGACACUUUGCCAUGGGGGCAUUACCGGGUACCCUGUAACGUAUAA